GCUCAUUUUAUAAGCCAUUCAUGAGCUUUGUCGAUGAGCGAUUGAGCUAAGGAAGCUGACAUAUUAUUGUCGUACAAUACUUUCUGCAAUUGCUGAAGGGUUUGUCUUACACAAUGUUGAUCUCCCUUGACAUGGGUUCAUUGCUUGCUGGGGCCAAGUAUCGAGGAGAUUUUGAAGAAAGGUUGAAAGCUGUCCUAAAGGAAGUUACAGCAUCAAAUGGGCAAAUAAUUAUGUUUAUGGAUGAAAUUCAUACUGUUGUAGGUGCAGGGGCUACAAGUGGUGCAAUGGAUGCUGGGAACUUGUUGAAGCCAAUGCUUGGAAGAGGUGAACUUAGAUGUAUAGGAGCAACUACAUUGAAUGAGUAUAGAAAAUAUAUUGAAAAAGAUCCUGCUCUUGAGCUAAGAUUUCAGCAAGUGUUUUGCAGUCAACCAUCUGUUGAAGAUACAAUAUCCAUUCUUCGUGGGUUGCGUGAACGCUAUGAAUUGCAUCAUGGAGUCAAAAUAUCAGAUAGUGCACUUGUUUCAGCUGCAGUUCUUGCGGAUCGAUACAUUACAGAGCGUUUUUUACCUGACAAAGCCAUUGAUCUUGUGGAUGAAGCUGCUGCGAAGCUGAAGAUGGAGAUAACCUCUAAGCCUACUGAAUUGGAUGAGAUAGACAGGGCAAUAUUGAAAUUGGAGAUGGAAAAGCUCUCUUUGAAAAAUGACACUGACAAGGCAUCUAAAGAAAGAUUAAGUAAGCUUGAAAAUGAUUUGAGUUUACUUAAACAGAAGCAAAAAGAAUUGGCAGAACAAUGGGACAAUGAAAAAGUUUUUAUGACACGAAUAAGGUCAAUCAAAGAAGAGAUUGAUAGAGUCAACCUAGAGAUGGAAGCUGCUGAACGUGAUUAUGACCUGAACCGCGCUGCUGAGCUCAAGUAUGGAACUUUGAUGUCCCUUCAGCGCCAAUUAGAAGAAGCUGAAAAGAACCUAACUGACUUCCGAAAUUCUGGAAAAUCUUUGCUUCGAGAAGAGGUCAUUGACCUUGAUAUUACUGAGAUUGUUAGCAAAUGGACUGGUAUACCAUUAUCAAACCUCCAACAAACAGAAAGAGAAAAAUUAGUCUUGCUGGAACAGGUUCUUCACAAGAGAGUGGUUGGUCAGGAUAUGGCAGUAAAAUCUGUGGCUGAUGCAAUUCGCCGUUCAAGAGCUGGAUUGUCUGAUCCAAACCGGCCAAUUGCAAGCUUCAUGUUUAUGGGUCCAACUGGUGUUGGCAAAACUGAGCUUGCCAAGGCUUUGGCUGGUUACUUGUUUAACACUGAAAAUGCUCUUGUUAGAAUUGAUAUGAGCGAGUACAUGGAGAAACAUGCUGUUUCACGAUUAGUUGGAGCCCCUCCUGGUUAUGUUGGUUACGAAGAAGGCCGGAGAAGACCCUACUCUGUGGUCCUAUUUGAUGAAAUAGAGAAGGCACAUCACGAUGUCUUCAACAUAUUGUUACAGUUGUUGGAUGAUGGAAGGAUUACUGAUUCCCAAGGAAGGACUGUUAGCUUUACGAAUUGUGUUGUGAUUAUGACUUCAAACAUUGGUUCACAUUAUAUACUUGAAACUCUUCGUAGCACACAAGAUGAUAAAACUGCAGUCUAUGAUCAGAUGAAGAGACAAGUUGUUGAGUUGGCUAGGCAAACAUUUCGUCCAGAGUUUAUGAAUCGCAUUGACGAAUAUAUUGUGUUUCAGCCUCUGGAUUCUGAACAGAUAAGCAAAAUAGUGGAGCUCCAGAUGGAACGAGUGAAAAACAGGCUUAAGCAAAAGAAAAUUGAUCUCCAUUACACAGAAGAAGCUGUUAAACAUCUUGGUGUACUGGGUUUUGAUCCAAAUUUUGGUGCAAGACCAGUUAAAAGAGUGAUACAACGGUUAGUUGAAAAUGAAAUUGCAAUGGGAGUUCUAAGGGGAGAUUUAAAAGAAGAGGACUCAAUCAUUGUGGAUGCUGAUGUGACUCCAUCUGCCAAAGAACGUUCUCUGAAUAGACUGCUUAUUAAGAAGUUGGACAACCCUGUUGCGGAUGCCAUGGUUGUCAAUCACUAAUUUUACCCGCUGCAAAGCUUUCACAUAGAUAAAAGUUAGUUCACAGCUCUUUUCUUUAAACUCCGUAGGACGUGACCGUAGUCCUUGUGUUUUCUUAAUGUUUUUAUUUUUAUGUGUAAUCAUUGUCAUAAGAAUAUUCUGUUUCAGAAGAUUUGUUGAUUAUUGUUUCACUCUAGAUUGCAUAGGUCACUAAAUAUCAUGAAUUUUUUUUAUAAAAAAAAAUCUAAUAAUAUUUAACUGCAAUUAUA